AUGAAUAAUCCUUCACUGCUUGGAUAUCCGGCCCUAGGCCCCCAGCAACAGGCGAGCAUGAUGUCUAAUGUGAGAACGGGCACGCCUACGGCUAUUCAUCAACAGUUGCAUGGUAGUGCCCCGCCCAAUGCUGCAGGAGCCACUGGCAUGCCGCCACCAGGUCUCAUUAACCAAAAUGUUAAUUUAAAUUCUAAUGACCAUACGCAUCUGGUAACUCAGCUGGCACAGGCUCAAGCACAAGCACAAGCUCAAGCACAAGUUCAAGCCCAAGCACAGGCUCAGGGAAACAAUUUGAAUGUUGCCAAUAAUGCAGCUGCAGUCGCAGCGGCAGCGGCAGCAGCAAAUGGUGGUGGUAUGGGGAUGAAUGGUAUGGCUCCGCCUAAUGCUACAGCAGCAGCAUCAUUGGGGGUUAUGAGUAACCCAGUGAAUGUCAAUGCUAAGAAUCCACUGUAUCACCCUCAUUUAGAGGACCAUUCACUUUCGAAUAAUCCAAUUUGGAAGUUACAGUUACAACUGGCGGCUGUCUCAAUGCAAUCGACUGGUCAACCAAAUGUUUAUGCCAGACAAAAUGCCAUGAAGAAAUAUCUUUCCAAUCAACAGCAACAGGCACAAAUAUUGGAACAACAACGACAGUCUGGUAUUGGUGGGCCUUUGCCAUCUUUACAACAACAACCCACUAUGGGUCAUACACCAUUAGCGGCUCAUGCACAGGUUGCUGCUCUCCAGCAGCAAAAUCCGCAGAUGGCAGAGGCAUCCAUGUCUUUAGUGGAUAGAACAAAACAAUUAUUAGUUGAGAUGGCCACUGAGAUUGGUAAGGACAAUGGUACUGCGAAUACAGCAAGUUCUGUAGCUACCUCAACUUCGGCAACGGUGGCUACCAAUGGCACGUUGUCUACACCCACUACGCCAAAGACCGAGUUACAUACUCUAAGGGACCAACUCACGGGGACUCCAGCAUUGCUCUUGCAACAUAAAAAACUCUCACAAUUCAAUAUAGAUGAAGAUGAUGAAGUGGAAAACAACCUUAUAACGUUAAAGGCUGAAAAACCUGAUGAUCAACUAUGGCACGCAAUCGAUUUUUCCAAUUUACAGAUUUCCAAUUUAAGUCCAAACCUCUUCAAAUAUAGUUUCCUUUCAAGGCUAUAUUUGAAUGGUAAUAAUUUAACAAGUAUUCCUGGUGAAAUUAGAGAGUUGAAAAAUUUAAGAGUAUUGGAUCUAUCCCAUAACAAAUUGACAUCCUUGCCAGGAGAAUUGGGAUCUUGUUAUCAAUUGAAAUAUUUAUAUUUUUUCGAUAACAUGGUUACCACUUUACCUUGGGAGUUUGGUAAUUUGUUCAAUUUACAGUUCUUGGGAUGUGAAGGAAAUCCGUUGGAUAGACAUUUGCUAAAAAUUCUUACUGAGAAAUCAGUUACGGGCCUGGUUUUUUACUUAAGAGAUAACAGACCAGAAGUACCAUUAAUCAAGGAUCGUGAAUUCAUCGAAAUUAAUACUGAUGGUGAAGUUAGUGAAGUUUAUGAUUCUUUAUCAAACGCAACAGACAAUUUGAACAAAGAAGUUGCUAAGAGGUCUUUUACUAUCAUGUCUUAUAACAUCUUAUGUCAACAUUACGCUACCCCUAAGAUGUACCGUUAUACACCAUCUUGGGCUCUAAGUUGGGACCAUAGGCGUCAAAGAUUGACGGAAGAAGUCAUGUCCUACAUGACCGAUAUUGUCUGUCUGCAAGAAGUGGAAGCAAAGACUUAUGAAGAACAUUGGGCUCCACUAAUGUUGAAGCAAGGUUAUUCAGGAGUAUUCCAUGCGAAGACAAGAGCUAAGACAAUGCAUUCUAAAGAUUCCAAGAAGGUAGAUGGAUGUUGUGUCUUUUACAAAGAAUCAGAAUUUAAACUACAAUUCAAAGAUGAGGUUGAUUUCAGCAGCACUUGGAUGAAACAUAAGAAAUUUCAGCGUACAGAAGACUAUUUGAACCGUGCAAUGAAUAAGGAUAACGUGGUAAUUUACAUAAAGCUAAACCAUCUUAAGAGCGGAGAAUCUGUUUGGAUUGCCACUACACAUUUACACUGGGAUCCUCAAUUUAAUGAUGUGAAAACUUUCCAAGUUGGUAUCCUGAUGGAUCAUUUGGAAGAACUUAUAAAGGAACAUGGUAGUCCAAGUAGUAGGCAAGACCCUAAGAAAAGUCCAGUUAUCAUUUGCGGUGAUUUCAACUCUCAAAAGGAUUCUGCCGUUUACGAAUUAUUGAGCACUGGUCAUGUUCAAUCGCAUAAGGACAUCGAUGGUCGUGAUUUCGGUUAUAUGUCGCAAAAGAAUUUUGCCCAUAAUUUAAGUCUGAAAUCCGGCUAUGGUUACAUCGGUGAACUACCAUUAACGAAUUUUACACCAUCUUUCACUAGUACCAUCGAUUACAUAUGGUUCUCCACACAAGCAUUGCGUAUUCGCGGAUUACUCGGUGAGAUCGAUGACGAUUACAUCUCAAAAUUCAUUGGAUUCCCUAAUGAUAAAUUCCCCAGUGACCAUAUACCAAUCUUGGCCAGAUUUGAGUUUACCAAAGGUGGAGCUGGUGGCAGUAGAAAGAUUUAA